CAAUUCCCAUCAAAACGUUGUCCUCCCCGGAAAUCGCGCAUCUUUACAACGUCCGGUCUCCAUAUUAACCGAUUGAUAGGUCUUAACCGAAAAUCAAGAUCAGUUAUUGAUUGCAGCUCUGAAGUAUGUGGGACGGACCCAGGAGAGGACCACAAGGGGGUCCACCCUUUCGCGGGGACAAUCGUGGAGAUCCGUUUGGAGACCGAAAUGGCCCGAUGUCUGAUUUCAGGGGCAGAGACGGGAUGAACAUGGGUCCCAGGGGUCCUCAGGAUCGCGGGCCUCCUAUGGACAUGAGGAGGGGUGACUGUCCACCCCCAAUGAGAGGCCGUGAUAUGGAACCACUCGACAUACGAGGGAGAGGAGAACCACCCAGGGAUUUCCUGGGGAGACCCGGAGAGGAACCUGACUUCACCCUCCGAAGACAGUAUGAAAUGGCCAUCAGAGACAAGCUACUAAAUGCAGCUGGUGGUCGCGGAGGUCGUGGUGGUGGUUUCAUGGGCCCGGGCCACAACAUGAGAGGGAGAGAGAUGGGUGGCAGAGGUAUGCCACCAAAUGACAGAUUUAUGGACAUGAGAGAGAGAGAGAUGUUUCGCAAUGACAUGCCAGGCUUCAACAAUCCCAACAUGGAUGGAAGACGAGGCGGGUUUCCCAUGGACCCUAUGGGUAGAAACGGGGGGUUUAGAGAAAUGCGCAAUAGAGACGGCCCUCCCAUGGACAGGCCCCUGACAGGCAUGGACGACGUUGACGGGUUUAACAUGGACAGAGACAGGGGGAUGAUGAUGGACUUUGACAGGAGGGGGGCUGCGCCGUUCAAUCCAAGGGGAAGGUUUGAGUCCGACAUGGACUUCAGAAACCGGGUUUGCCCCCCUGGAGAAUUCAGGGGAAGAGACAGGUCUCCUGUAACAUUUGGCGACAAUGAUGGCAAACCGAUGGAUGUCAAGGGAAGACCUGGAGGCCCUCCAGAUCUCAGUGGCCUAAACCGAAGCAAGGGUAUGGGUACAGAUCCAGAAGGUACCCUUAGGGACAGGGAAUUUCCAGAACUGGAAGAGGUGUCACUUGCUGAGGAGUGGAAGAACCGAAAAAUUAAGGAGGACACGCUUCCGUCUCCUGUGACCAGAGGUCUUCAUAGUUUUUCCCGGGAUAUGCCGGGACAACGAUUCCCUCCGGCAAUUUCAAAAGAGGCAGGUCUUCUUGGUGAGCCACCAAACUUUAAAGAAAGAGAGCGACCAGUUCCUGAAUUUCCUGGUAAAAAGGAUGGGCCUUCCUUUGGCUUUCCUCGCCCAGAUAGAGAAACUCCCGGUUCCCAGAACUGGGAUAAAAAGCCCCCAACAGAUUUCCCUGCCAUGGAUAUGCCAUCCUUUGGUCGUAGAGUACCACCGGACCUUCCCUUUCCUCCUGUAGGUCCAGGGCUUCUGCCAAACACCCCAAACAGAGAGAAUGAUGUCAAGCGCUGGCCUGGCGACAGGGAUCCCAAGCAAAAUCAAAACACUCCAAAUCGAGGUAACAGACCCCCAUACCUUCUAGAGAAGGAAAGACCUCCGUAUCUGUUGGAGAAGACACCAUCAACUCCAUUGGGCCCAGGGCCGAAUGAUAACUCAAGUUUUAAAGGGCCGAAGGAUGCAUUGCUUGAAAAAGGUGAAGAGCGGAGUAAGCUUGUUCCAGGACCGGAUUUUCAAGGCAAAGACCAAGACUACAGGGACAUUGAUUACAGAACAGGCCAAGGAAGAGCAUUUGACUACAAACAUGAGGAUCUCCCAGCACCUGAAAAGGUUGUGAAGGAAUCCAAACCAAUCACGCCUCCUAAAUUUACUGACUCAAGUUCCCAGGAUCAGGAUUACAGGAGUGCGUCUGUGAAGGACAAGAUUACUAAUACUAUUUGCAUCACUGGAAUUCCUAAGACCGCCACAAUGGAGCAGAUCCUUGGUGCCUUUGCGGUCCGUGAAGGCGUCCCCAUGCAGGGCAUGAAAAUAAAGAACGUUGUGCCAGGUUACAGCUACGAUACGGCCUAUGUGGAGUUUUUAAACCUCGAGGAUGCAGUCCACUUCAUGGAAUCCAACCAGAUAUCGAGACUCAUCAGACCAGGCAACAUUCUUCCAGUCUUCAACUGUCCAAUUUUGGGGUCCCUGAAGGUUGGCACUAAAACGGCACUGAUGAGAUACGUCCAGCUGGACAGAAGUGGCAAGGAGGCUCAGGAAUCCGGUCCCAAGGCUGACACUCCGGCCCAGGAACCCCAGCUGCCAAGCCCCGGCCAGCUCCUUGUCAACAAAGCCAAGGGUGAAGACCAGGAUGACUCCCAGACCAAGGCGUCCGUGGACCCGCUGUCCCAGCCAGGCUCGUGGCAGCGCAGCUCCGACCUCACCCCCGAGGCCUGGCAGCAGCAGGUUGACCAGCAGCUCCGGCAGCAGGAGGCUGAGCAACAGGCGGAGUCCUGGGCCGGCCGCAACCCCCCUCGUCUCGGCCAAGGCCCUGGCCCCCAUCACAUGGACCCCAUCUUUAAGGAGAGCAAGACCAUGAUCAUUAAGAAUGUGAAACCCACCACUACAGUGGAGACCAUCCUAAAAGCCUUGGACCCAUUCGCCUACCUGGAUGAGAGGAAUGUCCGACUGGUUCGAGGCAAACCCCCGGGCGCUAAAUGCUUCUGCUUCGUGGACAUGGACUCCCAUGAGCAAGUGACCCGUCUAGUGGAGCUCUUGACCAAGCCCAGGCCUCUUUCUAUUGAGGGGGUCCGGGUUUAUGCUGAGGUGGCCAAGCCCUUAAAGAAUCAAAACGGUGGCGUCUUUUCUCCUGCUAGCUACAGACGAGAGUUUGAUAAAUCCGGCACCUCUCUCCUUGGGUACCCACCCGACGCCAGCAUUAUGGAGCAACAGCAGUACUAUUCAUCCCAAACUCAUCACCAGCCGCCAGGAGGCCCCCCUCCUAACAUGCAAGGUGAUCAUAUGGGUGGAUUGAUGGGCGGACCUAUGGCAGGGUCGCUGGGCGGACCUAUGGCAGGGUCGCUGGGCGGACCUAUGGCAGGGUCGCUGGGCGGACCUAUGGCAGGGUCGCUGGGCGGACCUAUGGCAGGGUCGCUGGGCGGACCUAUGGCAGGGUCGCUGGGCGGACCUAUGAGCACAGACUCCCACUCAUCGGCUUCUCACUUGAACUCAGGCAUGGCUCAGGGAGGCAGCUAUGGUGAGCCUCCCCCCGUCGACCCCUACCAGCAGGCUCUGGACCCCCAGGGCUCCUCUGUAGCUUCCCUGGCAGCAACUGGGGACCCCGACACUGACGGUUACAGCUACGCUACUGAAACCCCGGACAUGACGAGUUACCUGUAUGAUGCGACCUCUGGUUUCUACUACGACCCUCAGACCACCCUUUACUAUGACCCCGCCUCCAGGUAUUUCUACAACGCCCAGACCCAGGAGUACUUGUACUGGGACAGUGUGUCAAAGACGUACAUCCCUGUUCCCGGGGGACAUUCAACUGACACACAGCCCCCCGCUGCCCAGUCCACUGUUGCCAUGGCACCCGAUGUCCAGGCCAUCCUGGCCAACCCGGCGGCAGACGCCCCGCUGGACUUAAAGAAACCCGAGCCGACGUCUCAUUUUGAGUCGCCUCAGGUCCCCAACCCUAGCCCGGGCCUGAACCCUGGCCCCGACACGUAUCCCGAGAGGAGAGACGAGGAGGACACUGCUCCCCGCAGCCUGGACAAGAAAGACAAGCUGGGAGAAAAAGAAGAGAAACCCCGAAGCCUAGCAGCUUUCAAGAUCAUGAAGGAUAUGGAGCGAUGGGCUAAGAUCCAGAACCGGCAGAAGGACAGCGUCCGUGCCCCCUCCCCGGUACUGAAGACCCCCGGUGGUGGUCUGGACGACAGGAAGACCUCCAAAGCGGCUGACGCUGCCUUUGCCAUCUUCGAGAGGAAGGGCGGGGACGACCUCUUCAAGAAGCCUAUGGCUCCGCCAAAGAAAGAUGGCAAAGGUUCAAAGCAGUCCAUUGGCUCUCUGGGCCUGCUGGCGUCGGACUAUGCCGCAACCGGAAGUGAUGAGGAGGAGGAGGUGCAGCCGCAGCACGAGUCUCCCCAGGCGUCGUCGAAGAGCCAGGCCCAGGAGAAGGAGGACAAGCUGACGGACUGGAAGAAGAUGGCCUGCCUGCUGUGCCGGAGACAGUUCCCCAAUAAGGACGCUCUGAUGCGCCACCAACAGCUUUCAGACCUCCACAAGCAAAACAUGGAGAUCCACAUGAAGAUCAAGAGGUCAAAGAAGGAGCUGGAGGCUUUGGAGAACCAGGAAAAAGAGCUGAGUGCCAAAGAGUCCACGGGCUCCCCAGAACAGAAGAGGAGAAAACACCAGCACCAGAACAGCUGGGCCAGUGGGUCCAGAGACACGCACAAAGGCAGCGAGAGACCUGGUCUAGGCUCUGAACCCACAGAGAAGAAGAAGAAGGAGCCUGUUGUUUGGAACCAUGCCACCUACAAACAAGCUGUGCGCAAGGCUAUGUUCGCACGCUUCAAAGAGCUGGAAUGACCCCUUUGUUAACACCGGGUGCUGCGUUCAAGCCGUUAAUCGUUUGGUUGCACCUCUCUGCAGUCUGUGCUGAACGUGUUCUUCAACAGUCUUUCGGGGUGUUUACUGGUGGUGGCAAGGCCUGAUAGUGUAUCCCUUUUCAAAAUGGAUUCAAAGCAGCAUGCCAUGUGUCCACCCUGAUCCCAAUGUUCUUCAGCCGGUGGGUGGUGUCACCCUUUUACCUCUGUGUACCUGACCCCAGUGGAUUUUUUGGACUAUUUUUACUGUGUCUUGGGGGCCUGUUGUCUUUACCACGACUUCGACUCGCCUCCAAAGAAAUCAGGCUGUAGCCCCGCCCUCUCAGCUCAGCUGUUGACACAGUGGAGCUAUACAGAGACUGCUAGGGCUUUCACUUUCCUGUGGUGUUCUCUAUGCUUGAUGCCCCCCCCCACCACCACCACCACCACAUACACCUUAACUUCCCUAGCCAUUAUAUGAUAGACUGAAUCGGGGCUUUCCAACAUUGUUCUUGGAAAGCUACUCUCCUGUAUCAUUUUAUUUUUCUUAUUCCAACCUCAGUUUUACUUAAAUGUAUCACAUUUAAAAUGAUCAAUUCUUGAAAUGAUAAAAUUUGUCUGCUGGUUUUGGGUUUAGGACGAAAACCAACAUGACUGGAAGCUCUCUAGGAACAGGGUGGUAGAACCCUGGCCUAAAUGUGAACUAUUGAUGGCGGGAAAGGGGCAGAACCUGAGGACUAGGGCUUGGCUUCUCCAGACUCGCCCCAACACAUGAAGCUGGCUUUGACUGGUUCCUUAUCAGCCCUUGUAGGGACGUAGGUGUUGUCUGUGUGGCUGAUGUGUAGGACUGUUGUGCCACUACUCAGCAGCCACGCCGGUCAUAGUGGAAUCUUUGUUGUAAGCUACCCGCCAGCUACACACGUGUUUUAACUCUCGUUUGUUUCUACUUGGACUUAUUAAUUUUCUCCUUUGGUUUAUACUCUGUGUACACUUUUUUUUUUUAAGUAAAAAUAUAAAUGAACUUGA